CAUUGAACAAAAAAUGGAGAGAUUAUAAAAGUGAAUUAAAAAGUGAAUACUUUUCAUAUGACAAGCCGAUUCAAGAAUUAGUUAACAAUGUGCCACUCGGUGUGAUUAGAGAUCAAUGGACUAGUCUAAUAGCACAUUGGUCCACCGAGGAAAGUAAGAACCUUUGUCGAGUUAAUUCAAAUUCCGCAAAAUUAGUGAAGAUGGCGCACACAUCGGGCCGAAAAAGUUAUGCAAGGAAGCGAAAGGAAAUGGAACUUGCUCUUGGCAAAGAACCGGAUCGGCUAACUUUUUGGGAGGUAACUCAUAAGAAAAAGAAUGGAAAUUUUGUGAAUAAGGAUGCGGAGAAUAGUUUGGAUCUAGCACGUGCAAAGUUUGUUACUCUUUCACAAGGUUCCGAAUCUGACACGAACAAACUAAUGGACAAAGCCUUUCUAGAUAUUAUGGGCCCUGAACAUAAUGGACGUGUGAAAGGUUUAGGGUUGGGACCUACGCUAAGAUCAUAUUAUGGCGUGAAGCAUACAAAUUUACCUACAACAAGCGAAUCAAGAGAGGGUCAACCAGGAGAAGUAGAAAAGCUUAAAGAAGAAAUGCAAGAGAUGCGAGAUGAAUUGCAUCGACUUAAAACACUAUUUUCAGAUACAAUAUUGCUCAAUUCUCGAGUAUGCUAAAUUUUUAUCCUCAACAAAUUUUAUUGAUUUUUUCAUAUAAUUAAUAAUUUCUAUAUUGUUUGAU